UCUCAACCAGAGGGGAGACGUCUGCUAUCACGGAAAUAAUCCAAAGUUCACCCAGCCCGGGUCGGAAUCACUGCGCGUUUUUCUGAGAAAUGGAUUUCUCCUAGGCGACUCUGGGCAUCCCCAAAGGUUCGUCUCCACCUCAGAACCCGCCUGAACGCCGUCUGGCUUGGAUUAUUUUGGCAGGACUUGCCAACUCAAGGCGGAAUACCGUUUGCCAUGGCAUAGCUGAUUGCUGAGUCAGAUAUAAAUUGAGCAGUCGGCGUGAUACUGCGCUGUAGAACAGGCAGCGCGCAUUCUCCUAGCGAUGAAUGGUGUGGAUGAAGCCCUGCACUUUUAACGCGGGCCCUACUCACAUUUCUAGUCUCUUUUCUCAGUUUCACUUGUUGACUGAAUUCAGAUCAUGUUUGGCCUCGGCAAAGCCCAGCGCUCGAGACGGCCCCUGGGUAAGAUGGGGGCGGGAACGCGAGGCUCGGGAUUACGGCAUUAUCCCAGAAGCGCAUCCUCACCUGACGGAUCGCAAACCCGCUCGCGCCUCUUCUUAGCCUUCAUCAUGCUGCUCCUCACCCUCACGCCGCGCGUGGAUUCCUCCUGGUGGUAUAUUGGCGCUCUCGGUGCACGUGUGAUCUGUGAUAACAUCCCUGGCCUGGUCAACAAGCAGCGGCAGCUGUGCCAGAGACACCCUGACAUCAUGCAGUCCAUCGGCGAGGGGGCCAAGGAGUGGGUCCGCGAGUGCCAGCACCAGUUCCGCCACCACCGCUGGAACUGCAGCACUCUCGACCGGGACCACAGCGUCUUCGGACGCGUCAUGCAGCGCAGUAGUCGAGGCUGGGCGUUUGUAUCACAGCUUAUCUAGGCCGGGCGGGCGUUGGUGUGUAAAGUGACACGCUGGCCUGUAUUGCAAAGCGAAGAUGAGUAAUCGAGGUAACUGUGACCCACAAGCUGCCAUGACAACGACAGGGACGGCACCUUCAACUGGGGCGGCUGCAGCGACAACAUCAACUACGGCAUCAAGUUCGCCAAGGCCUUUGUGGACGCCAAGGAGCACACCGUCAAAGACGCCAGGGCUCUCAUGAACCAGCACAACAACCUCUGUGGACGCUUGGCAGUGAAGCGCUUCCUGAAGCUGGAGUGUAAGUGCCAUGGUGUGAGUGGCUCCUGCACGCUGCGCACGUGCUGGCUGGCCAUGUCCGACUUCCGCAAGACCGGCGACUUCCUGCGCAAGAAGUACAACGGCGCCAUCGAGGUCACCAUGUACCAGGAUGGAACCAGACUCACCGUGGCCAAUAAGGACUUCCGCAACUUCACCAAGAACGACCUGGUCUACCUCGAGAACUCGCCCGACUACUGCCUCAUGAACAAAGCAGCAGGUUCCUUGGGGACAGCAGGGCGAGUGUGCAAUAAGUCGUCGCGUGGCACGGACGGCUGUGAGGUCAUGUGUUGUGGCCGUGGUUACGACACGACGCGUGUGAAGCGCAUCACCAAGUGUGAGUGCAAGUUCAAGUGGUGCUGUGCCGUGGAGUGCAAGGACUGCGAGGAGGCCGUGGACGUCCACACAUGCAAAGCCCCUAAGCGUGCAGAAUGGCUGGACCAGACCUGAGCACAGACACACACUUCCUGUCCGCCCCCCACCC